CAGUUCUUCUCCACAAUGAAUGAGUGUUACUAUGAUAAGCAGAUGGACUUUUUUUAUAAUAGGAGCAACACUGACACUGCCAAUGAGUGGACAGGAACGAAGCUUGUAAUUGUUUUGUGUGUUGGAACAUUUUUCUGCCUGUUUAUCUUUUUUUCUAAUUCUCUGGUCAUCGCAGCAGUAAUCAAAAACAGAAAGUUUCAUUUCCCCUUCUACUACCUGUUGGCUAACCUAGCUGCUGCAGAUUUCUUUGCUGGAAUUGCCUAUGUAUACCUGAUGUUUAACACUGGCCCAGUUUCAAAAACUCUGACUGUCAACCGCUGGUUUCUCCGCCAGGGGCUUCUGGACACUAGCUUAACAGCCUCCCUGACCAAUUUGUUGGUUAUUGCCGUGGAGAGGCACAUGUCAAUCAUGAGGAUGCGAGUCCACAGCAACCUGACCAAAAAGAGAGUGACGCUGCUCAUCUUGUUCGUCUGGGCCAUUGCCAUCUUUAUGGGGGCUGUCCCCACACUGGGCUGGAAUUGCCUCUGUGACAUCUCUGCCUGCUCUUCCCUGGCCCCCAUUUAUAGCAGGAGUUACCUCAUUUUCUGGACUGUGUCCAACCUCAUGGCCUUCUUCAUUAUGGUCGUGGUGUACCUGCGGAUCUACAUGUACGUAAAGAGGAAAACCAACAUCUUAUCUCCGCACACAAGUGGGUCCAUCAGCCACCGGAGGACACCCAUGAAGCUAAUGAAGACGGUGAUGACUGUCUUAGGGGCCUUUGUCGUGUGCUGGACACCAGGUCUGGUGGUUCUGCUGCUUGACGGCCUGAACUGCACGUGGUGCAACGUGCAGCAUGUGAAAAGGUGGUUCCUGCUGCUGGCGCUGUUCAACUCCGUCAUGAACCCCAUCAUCUACUCCUACAAGGAUGAGGACAUGUACAGCACCAUGAAGAGGAUGCUCUGCUGCUUCUCGCAGGAGAAGAACCCGGAGCGGCGGCCCUCCCACAUCCCCUCCAUGGUCCUCAGCCGGAGCGACACGGGGGGCAGCCAGUCUAUGGAGGAUAAUAGCGACCGAGGCCAGGUCUGCAACAAGAGCAGCUCCUAGGCUGCAAUGCCCCUCUGCCUGGCCCAGCCUCCUCUGGGAGAACUGUUCAGAAUGGUUACCUGUCUCCAACUAAGCCCACGUACAGUGUUAUUUGAGCUCUGGAUGAAUCACUGGGAGAUUUUUUUACAAAUUGUUUUUCAUCAUUUAAAAGCAUGGGCAGGAAAGAGAGGACACAAUGCAUUUAGAGAAAACGCACAGAAAGAGGGAAGGCAGCGCCGUGGAUUCCUGCCUGACAUCCUGUGAACCCCUUGGAGCAUCGCCCACCAGGCCAUGCAUCCUGGGCUCUGCCACCAUCUUGUAGCCAUUCUCUUUGUGUUUCCAAAGGAUGCUGUUAAAGGGCUUAGGCCAAAAUAAAUAAAAAUGUUA